CUUAUAAACAAAAUUUUAGAUACUAAAAGUACAAUUUUUAGUAAAAUUUAAAGUAAGAAAAAAAAUAAUGGCUGAUGAAAGCUUACACAUACCAUCGGAUCAGAAUUUGGAUUAUCAUAUUGUCACAUUAUUUGAGAGAUUAGAAGCAAUACGUAAAGAUAAUACAAGCUUUGGACGUAAUCGGAAUAAUUUAUCAUCGACAAUAAUGCAACCAAAAAGGAGUAUGCAUGCUGAAAUUCGAACAUUAGAAUUUUGGAGAUCAAUAAUAGCUGAAUGUUUGGCAUCAUUUUUCUACGUUUUUAUAGUAUGUGGAGCUGCGGCUGGUGCUGGAGUUGGUGCUAGUGUAUCAUCAGUAUUAUUAUCAACAGCUUUAGCAUCUGGAUUUGCUAUAGCAACUUUAACACAAUGUUUUAUGCAUAUAUCUGGUGCACAUAUUAAUCCGGCUGUGACACUAGCAACUUGUACAGUACGAGCAAUAACACCAUUACGUGCUGCAAUGUAUAUAACUGCACAAUGUGGGGGUGGAAUAGCUGGUGCAGCAUUACUCUACGGUGUUACUGUACCAGGAUAUCAAGGAAAUUUACAAGCAGCGAUAGCACAUAGUGCAACAUUAGCAGCAUGGGAACGUUUUGGUGUUGAAUUCAUUUUAACAUUUAUUGUUGUUUUAGCAUAUUUCGUAUCAAUGGAUUCAUAUAAAAAAUAUUUAGGGAAUGCAUCAUUAGCUAUUGGAGCUGCAUACAGUGCAUGUAGUUUUGUAUCGAUGCCAUAUCUUAAUCCAGCAAGAUCAUUAGGACCAUCUUUCGUAUUGAAUAAAUGGGAUCAUCAUUGGGUAUAUUGGUUUGGUCCAAUGGUUGGUGGUGCAUUUUCUGGUAUUAUAUACGAAUAUAUAUUUAAUUCCCGACGAAAUUUAAAGAAAACCAAAGAUAAUUUAGAAAAUGAUUCAUCAAGUAUACAUUCGGAAGAUGAUCUUAAUUAUGAUUUAGAUUUAGAAAAACCAUCAUCAAUGCAAAAUCCAAAAUUCCAAGGUUCUACUUACCGUCAACCAACAGGUACAUUAACACAACAAGGCGGUUAUUGUCAAAAUUUUUAUACAACAACACCAAUGUCAAAAAUUGAACCAACAGAACCAUUAUAUGGUGGUACACGUUCACUUUAUUGUCGUUCACCACCAAUGCCACGUGCUAAUUUAAAUCGUUCACAAUCUGUUUAUGCUAAAAGUAAUACUGCUAUAAAUCGUGAUAUUAUUCCAAGACCUGGUCCAUUAGUACCUGCCCAAAGUUUAUAUCCAAUGCGUUUGGCUCAAACACAAAAUUCUCAUUUACAAAAUCAAAAUUUACAAAAUCAAAUGCAACAACGCUCUGAAAGUAUAUAUGGUAUUAGAGGAUCAACUCGUCAGGGUACUGCAUCAGGAGGUAGUAAUAUGACACAACAUCAACAACAACAGCAGCAACAACAGCAACAACAUCAAACUCAUCAUCAACCGCAACAACAACAGCAACAAAAUCAACAACAACAUUCAGAUAAUAUUGGUUUCCAACCAGUCUAUGGUACUAGACACAAUCCAGCCCCGCUUGAUGGGAAUGUUAAAUUCGAAACACGUUGUAAUACAUUAAUAAAUAGUGGAACAACUAGUACAGAUGAUUCUGUUAUAAAAUAUUCAACACGAUCAGGCAGACCUGAAUCAAUGUAUGGUACGAACGGUCAACGACCUCGAGGUCAAUCAGCACAAUCUGACGAUAGCUCAUAUGGUUCUUAUCAUGGUUCAGCUAUAACCCCACCAGCUAGAAAUCCAAAUCAAACAGGUAAUGGUGGUAAUACUGGUGAAAUUAUUAUGUAUGCUCCUCCACCACAACAAACUGGGGGAGUUGGACAUCAACAACAACAACAGCAGCAACAGCAGCAACAACAAAUAAGAACAUGUGAAAGAAAAAUAUCAAGUGGAAAUGGUAAUUGCCAAACAGGAGUUGGUGUUGGAGAGAGACAACAACAGACUGUAACAUAUUCAACAAAACCACAAAUUGGUGGACAAAGUACUGGACAAUUACCACCCCCACCACAACAUCAACAACAACAUAUGCAACAACAAAAUCAAGCAGCACAAUAUGGGAUAAUACCGAUGAGGCAAAACUAGCCCAUGGAGAUUAGUUUUUAAAUUAUUUAGAAUUUUUAUUUUUAAUUUUUAUAUAAAAACAUGAAUGGAUGAUUUUCAUAAAAGAAUUUUGUUUUUGCUUUUUGUUUUAGGGAAAUGGAAAACAAAAAUAAAUCGAAAAACUUUUGUUGUAAAAAAUUUAAAAAUAAAAGCUUUUUGUUUUUUUAAU